CUCUUUGUAUCACCGUGAUCAGCAAGCAGAGCAGCCAGAAUUCUACGAACUGUACGAUCAGUCAGAUAAGCUGUGUCGUUUUGUCAAGGUAGAAUUUGAUCUCUGCGGUUUUAAUUCGAUUUCAUCCAAUUGAAUUUCCGUGACGUGCGGUCUCAAUCUUAGUCUGAUAGUCGGUGGUGCCAUCAAUAAAUCAAUCUACAUAAUUCUAUUAUUAUGAUUUCUUAUGUAAAAAUAAGUCUUAAAUAAAAACCUUUAUUAUAACUUCAAAACAAUCAGCAGUGGCUGAAGAAGUUUUUUUGUUCUGUCUGUGGAACACUCAGUAGUUAAGUGUUGUGUGCAUCAUUUUCACAGCAUUUCAUUCGUCGUCUAUCCCGAAGAUAGUUUUGAGUGAAUUUGAAUUAAAGUGAAAAAUCACUUUGAAUUGUCGUUUUCGUUUUUGUCGUUGUCGUCGGUGUCGUUGUCGGUAUCGGACGGUAAUGUUGCUGUUUCGUGUCAUCAGUGAGAGGAAGUGUUAAUUAUUAAUCGCGAUUUAAGAAGUUUCUUUUCAUUCUUUCUUUUUUUUGCGAAUUUGUAUUCGGAGCUUCUAUAUUAUAUAAAAUAAGAUUUCGCAUUGAUUGUUAUGUACUUUGAUGUUGACAGCAAACAAAAGUAGCUUCAAUACAGUUUGUUAUUAAGAAUGAUUAUAUCUAAAAUAUUUAUAUAGAUUAAUUUGAAUAAAAAUCAAAAAAGAAAUAUAAGCACGAAAAAUUAAUAUAAAUACUGCGCGUGAGUGGAGGAUUUUGUCCGAGGAUUUAAUUCAAUUUGGAAUUCUAUCUGCUUCCUGUUAUUUGAGUCACAACAAUUUUGAUCCAAUAAAAUCAAACAAACCAACAACUGUACACAUCCGCAGUAGGCUAUACAAUUAAAAUGAAGCGUCGUCAUGUAGCCUGGACGCUUUGCAACUUUCUAGUUUUAGUAAACUUAUUAUUCGUGUCCUCAGUACCUGCUGCUAAUACAAAUUCCGUAGCAAGUGUGAAUCCCAGUGUGAAUGUGAAUAACAUUCCGGACCCAAACACUAACAACAACAGCAACAACAACAACAGCAACAAUAACAACAACUUGAAUGCUAGCACCAACAUAAGCAGCAGCAACAAUACAACCAACACUGCCACCAGCCCAUUAGUCAAGGAGAAGACCUAUGAAAAGUGCACAGGUCCCGGUGAUCCGGGUCCAUGUAAACACUACCUGUACAAAUGGCGCUUCGAGCCCACAACCAACGAGUGCACUACCUUCAUUUGGGGUGGGUGCGAAGGUAACAGCCAGAAUCGCUUCAAUACAGAAGCUGAAUGCUUGUACCGUUGCAUUGGAGCACCACAUACGCUGCCACCAUACUUGCUGCAGACCACAACAAAGGAGCCAUCAACAACUGAGGUGGCUGUUGUCGGCGGAAAAUCGAACACUCCACCUCCGAGGCAUUACGAUGAUCCCUCGCAUAUACCAGUGCCGUUCGAACUACGUGGCCCAGAGUUGACUUUCGCCGAAACGGGACACGAGAAGACGUUCUUUUUCGCCAAGAACAACACAUUCAUCCAGAUGGACGGCGACAUUAUCCAGACUUUUCAAUUAAGAUUGUGUCGUGAAAUUUCAUUCCAAUUUCGAACCCGUCUGCCGCACGGUCUAUUAGUCUAUCACAAUGUUAAAAAUCCUGAUGGAAUCGAUUUGGAUCCUUAUGCUUUGUAUGUCAUUGUUGAAAAAGGACAACUUAAAGUUGUGCAUGUCUUUGGAAAACAUUCGACAAGUGUCACUGUCGGCGAAGGACUAAAUCGCGAUGAAUGGCAUAGCGUAAUGGUCCGUAUCGAUGUGCAUGGUGCAAGAUUAAUAGCUCGCGUCGACAAUAACCAAGAGGAAGUCUAUCUAAAAGGACUGAAUCACGACACCAACUAUGGAGUUUCGACGAAUCUGCCCUCGGUUGUUCUUGUUGGCGGAUUAUCCUCGGAAGAGAAGCUGCAUGGUGUCAAGUAUAUUAUCGAAUCAUUUGUUGGUUGCAUUCGAAAUGUUGUCCUAAGCUCAGGAAAAGCUGCCUCCGAUCUCCUACCAAUCACCCCUUUGGUAGCCACAAAGCAUGAAAACGUGAACGAAGGAUGCUCCAAUAAAUGCCAUUCGAGACGGAAUUUGUGCUUCGUGGGAUCCAGAUGUAUUAAUCACUUCUAUGGAAUUUCGUGCGACUGUUUCGGUACUCACUAUGAGGGUGAACACUGUGAUAUCUAUACCGCAACCAUAAUGACUUUACGUGGUGCUAGUUAUGUAUCAUACCGCAUCUACGAUUGGAAAGAUCGUGUUCAUUCAUCCUCAACACGCAUCAGUAUGAUGUUUCGAACACGCCAUGAUGAUUCAGCCUUAUUCUAUGCCAGUGGCGAAGCCCUCAAACAUCAAUAUAUAGCUGCAUCCCUCAAAAACAAUUCAAUACAAGUCGAAAUGGAUUUCGGUGAUAAUUUGAUGUCAGUUGUGCUGAGGGACAAAUUGACACGCAGCUAUUGGCACAAUUUGACAAUUUAUCACGAGCAACGAACUGUGAAGAUAAUAUUGGACCAGCAAAUUAAAACGGUCGAAAUACCAGCUAGCGCUAGUGCAAAUUUAUUAUUCGAUCCGGAAAUAUAUUUUGGCGGUGGACCGGACUUGCACAAGAAGAAGGGUUUAGCAUCGCAUAAUAAUUUUGUUGGAAUUUUGAAAUAUGUCUUCUAUAAUGAUGUGUCCAUAUUGUACGAAUUGAAAAAGGGGAAUCCAAAGGUUCAUUAUCAUGGUAUCCUCGAAGCUGAAUUCCAGGAGAAUGAAGUGCAUGUCAUCCCAAUAACAUAUCCUUUUGCGACAUCUCACAUUUGGUGGCCUAUAAAUCAAGCCGAAGAAUUUAAUAUUAAAUUCGAUUUCCGAAGCAGCAGGACGGCUGCUGUCCUUGCAUAUAGCGAUGUAACAACUUCAGCCGGAAAUGGAUUUUGGGAGAUACGGCUUACCGCGGAUAAAUUGAGUUUUGAUUUAGUGCCAUCAGAUGCCAAUAGUGAUACCACCCUUCCAACGGUAAUUAAAAUCAAUCGACCCACCUCAUGGCACUCGGUGGAACUGGACUAUCGAGACGGCGAGAUUAGAUUCACAGUGGACUACAGACACACCCUUAGAAUGAUGUACGAGAUGACGUUUAUCAUCGGCGACAAGGUUAUAAUUGGCAGCAGUCUGAAGUCGGCCGCAUCCGGGCUGGUCGGCUGCAUCCGGGACAUCGAAAUCAACGGCCAUCUGAUUGAACCACGUGACGUGAUAAAGACAGAACGAGUUGUGGGCGAGGUGGCCGUCGAUAACUGCAAUUACAUUGAUCCCUGCAAGAGGCCAAAUACGUGCGAGCAUGGCGGCAAGUGUUUUGUGCGCGACAACCAGGUAACAUGCGACUGCAAGGAUACAGGCUACAUUGGCAAGAAUUGUCACUUCACCAAAUACCGGAAGACGUGCGAAGAGUUGGCAUUGCUUAGCUACACCAAGUCGGACGUUUACCUUAUCGAUAUCGAUGGCAAUGGGGUUUUCCCGCCGGCACAUGUGAAAUGUGAUUUUCAGAGUUUGGAGAAUGCCACCAAGACAAUUGUGGAACACAAUCUGCCGAGUCAGAUUGACGUUAGGUCGGCGAAUGAUAUUGAUUUUAGUUACAACAUCCGUUAUAGAGAAUUUUCGCCGGAAAUGUUGCAGGAACUGAUAUCGCAUUCGUUGUAUUGUACGCAGUAUAUAAAAUAUGAUUGCUUUAGGGCACCGUUGGAAUUGCAUUCCGCCACGUGGUUUAUCUCUUCCAGCAAUAAUAACACAGUCGACUUUCUGGGUAAUGUUAAGAGAGGAGCAUGUCCUUGUUCUGACAACAAAACAUGUGUGGACCCAAAUCAAUCAUGCAAUUGUGAUGUGAAAGAAAACAAAUGGCAUUCAGACGAAGGAUACUACAACGAACCGCACAGUUUAGGAAUAACAAAUAUGUUCUUCCGGCAGCAAAAGGAUUUAGAUGAAGAGGCACAAGGACGAAUAACAUUGGGUCCAUUAGAAUGUGUUGAAACAAAUACCCAAAAGUAUGUGGUCACAUUUACCACGUCACAAUCGUACAUUGAAGUGCCUGGCUGGAGAAAGGGUGACAUUGCCUUCUCAUUUCGAACCACAGGUGAAAAGGCAAUCCUUCUGUUUCAACCACCGAUACGUCCAUCCUAUCCGUCGUUUGUGGUCGCCUUGACUGGUGACUACCAGCUUACGUUCAACUUUACCCUGAGUACGGGCGAAUCGCGAACACUCGUUAUAGACUCGGUGAGGAAAUUCAAUGGCGGUGAAUGGCACAAAAUAUGGAUCGACUAUAAUGAGUAUCAUGUACGGUUCAUGAUUAAUACUGAUUACAAGAUGGUCGAUUUGUUGCCAGAGCAGGAGUUCGGUCCAUUCGAGGGCAGUAUGUUCAUUGGAGGAGCUACUGGGGAUCUGCUAAAGAAAUUGAUAGUGAAGCAGGGACUCAUAGGAUGCUUCCGUGGUUUGGUAGUUAACGGUGAGAUCCUUGACAUCUACAGCUAUAUGUCAGUGCAUCUGUCAGAGAUAAUAAAAGACUGUAAGCCAUCAUGCGUUCCUUCACCAUGUAAGAAUAAAGCCGAAUGCAAGGAACUCUGGAGUACCUUCCAGUGUGUCUGCAGUAAUCCAUGGGCUCACCUGGGUGAAUUCUGUGAAACAAACAUUAACGAAAAGGCAUUGACAUUCAUCAACCGCGAAUCGUUCCUUAAACGCAAUUUUCUCAGUACGAAUGCUUCAGUCGAAGACAAACGAGUCAUCCUCAAGAAUAUUCUUAGCCAGGAUAUUCUCAUUAAUUUACGUACUUACGACAAACACUCGUUGGUCCUGUAUGCCAACGAUCAUUUCAACAACUUUGUACACUUGUUUAUCAGCGAGGGCAAGGAGAUUGUCUUUCUUUAUAAUUACGGUGACGAGAUAGUGAAUCUCACAGUUGUCGAUGAGAGCAUCAGUAGUCUGACAAGCAUCCAGGUGGCAAUAAUUAGAAGUCCACAGAAGACUGUGAUGCAUGUCAACGAGCGUAGUGUGACAGUGCAGAAGGGAACAUUGCUCCUUGAUGAAUAUGCCAAUAAGCCAUGGAUUAAUCCAGAAAAAGAAGUUCUAUCACCACAUCGUCCACCAGCUCCCCCAACAGACUACUUCCAGUUCAACAUUGGUGGCUAUGAUCCAGCAAAUUUGCUAAGAACAAACACUGAAUUCCCAGAACUGCAAGGGUACAUUGGAUGUGUGAGAGGAUUGAAAAUCGGAGAUAAUCUAAUUGACUUGGCUGAACUUAAUGAAGGAAAUAUUGCGCAUGCUCUUGAAGGUGUUCUCCCCAGCUGCCAGCUAAAAUGCGAUGCCGAGCCUUGCAAAAAUGGUGGUUUUUGUAAGGAGAAUUUCGCCAAACAAGAAUCCACAUGCGACUGUGAGCACACUAGCUUCCUUGGAGAAUUCUGUAUGGAAGAGAAGGGUGCUGAUUUCAGUGGUGAAUCAACAUUGCAGCGAAAAUUUGAAUUAACUGGUAAAGUCGACUACGUCAAACUACAAUUGGCCUUCUCGAGUGCCGAUCUGAAACGUGCAAAUCGUGUUAUGCUGCUACUCCAGACGAAUAACGAACGUAGCUACUAUCUUAUGGUAGCAAUAGAUACCGAAGGAUAUUUACUAUUCGAGGAGGACCGUGAAGAUGGCUCAGCAGUGGGGGCACACAUUGAACGGACUUUCCUUAAAGGAGCCCGCCAUUCUAUCUACUAUCAGCGCAACGGUACCGAAGCAUCACUUCUAAUCGAUCGUGAACAGGUGCCACUGGCACCAAUUGCCAUUCGACCCCUGAUGCAAAACGUCAUCGACUCGGGCGCUAAUCGGGUGCAAAUUGGCGGAAUCAAUACGACGGAUUCCAGAUUUGCUGUCUUUAAAAGCUAUAGUGGCUGUUUGUCAAACAUUUACAUCCAGGUUAACAACUACAUUAUGAAACCCUUAGAAGAAUAUAUGCUUUUCACCAAAUCCGGAGCCGAUAAUAUUACGGUUAUAAAUUUCCAAGGAGUACGUAGUGCUCAAUGUGCAGCACAAUUUGAAAACAUUACAGAACCAAGACCACAAGAACCUAUUCUUAAUUUUACAAUGGGAUCUGGUCAAAAUUGGGCCGAAGAUCCUCCAGUUCGAGUGCCAUACAUUGCCAAACAUAUUGAUGUCUCAACCAAAGAAGAACAAACUCAAGUUGUCUUCAUAAUUCUCAUAGCAAUUUUUGUUAUAAUUGUCAUAUGUUGUCUAUUGGAAGUUUAUCGCAGUCAUCUUGAGUACAAGAAGCGUAUUGAACGUGAAACUGAUGAAGACAUAAUUUGGUCGAAGGAACAAGCUACAAAAAUGCAACAAUCUCCAGGAAAUCAAACGAAAAAUUUCAAUUACAAACCGGUUCCGCAAACUGAACGCAAGGCUUCAACUGGUGCUCCUUUGGUUGGAAUAUUAAAAAAUGGAACUACUGGAGGACAACAAAAGCCAACUGAAAAUACCAAUGGAACAAUACCUCGUGAACAAGAAACCAGCGGUACUCCAGUCGUUAGCAAACCUGACAAGAUUAUAGAAGUUGACGAAGAAAUCGAAAAAGUCGAAAAGGAAGCCAAGGAACCCACAAAAGCUAAUGAGAUCAAACCACCACCAACAACUACUGAGGCAACAAAAGAUUCUGAAACAACUGAAGAAAAGAAAAAGCCCGACGGGGAAGACGAGAAAAAAGAAGAUAAGCCUAAAGGUCCGCUGUUACCAGGGGUAAGGGAUAGCCAGUUAAUGGAUGCUGAACUUAAAUGGGAUCCACUGCCUGAGAAUUCAAGUGAAGAACCACUCUUAGAUGGUAGUUUGUCCAAUUCCAUAGCUGGUGAUUCAGAUUCUGAUACAAAUGAAUCACCAACAACAACUGCUGCAGGGACAGCAUCCACAAAAACAUCACAGAAUCCGGAUGAAACACCACUCCUGGACAAAGCCACCAAUGUGAAAUCUCAAUCUGAUGGAACUGCACCAUUGUUUUCAGCCUCCACCGAAGAUCUCUCAACUCUAGAUGGUUCUAUGAGCCCACAAAGUCAACAUCAAAAUGAUCCUGUUGAAAUAUCUACCAUACCAAUAGCUCCAUUUGUUACAAAGCCAAAUCCAAAAUCAAGUGCAGCUCCAGUUUUCAUCGAUGAAUCACAUCGACAAUUUUCAAAUCCAAUAAGUUAUAUAGGUGGACCGAGAUUGGAGCCAAGAAAUCGAAAUAGUAUAGAAUCGGUCCUUUCAUUAGAUUAGCAAACAUCGACAGGACCUUUGAGAUGAAUCUUUCCGUCCUAUUGAAAUGAGGCUGCAAAGUCAAUUGUUUAAAAGAAAACAAAGAAACAACAAACAUAAAUUGUUAUAGUUAAUUGUUUAGCUUUUGAAAAGUGUUAUUGUUGUUGUUAUAUAUUUAAAUUUCUUAAAUUAUUAAAAUAAAACAAUAUAUUUAUAAAAUCAA